AUGCGAGCUCAGCACACACUCCUCCUGCUCACCACUGCAUUCACGUUGGCCAGUGCUGAGAUUGUGGCAUAUACAGACUGUGGCUCCAAACUCACAGUCAAUUCAGUCAGCGUGGAACCGUGCCCCACGACACCGUGUGCUCUGAAGAGAGGGGGCUCCGCUACGAUACGCAUCGUGUUCCGAACAGACAAGAAUCCUGAACUUCCUGGGGACGCUCAAGUGCAAGGAAUCAAAUGGGGAUUCACUUUCCCUUUCGAACUGGAUUCUACGCAGAUAUGUGAGGACAUCCGACCGCGCUGUCCACUCCGAUCACAACGACGGUACACAUACACCAAAACCGUAUUAAUCGCAUCGUGGUAUCCAGCGGUGUACGGUACAGUUCGCUGGAGGCUGAAGAACACAAACGGUGAUUCGAUGGUCUGUAUCGAGUUUCCAGCUGAGCUGGCUUAG